AAGCACAGUCGCGCGUCUCAUCGAGCAUUUUACCACGGUACGUCGUUGCGAAUGCGUCGUUUCUUCAUAACGUAUUUUACGAAAGUGUCAGUUGUCUAUUCAAUCGUGUGUGCAUUAUUAGCUUUUAAGUGAUUAAGUGUGUGGAUUAUGAUGGCAUCCACUGUAAAAUUCACUUCGGAUGAGAGUUUGGGUGAAUCUUGGGUGGAAUUGAAUCCAGUUCCCGACAGGAUAACACCGUUACCGUUUAGUAGCGGAGGUGAAGAAUAUCUUCGAUUGCUUAGAGAAGCGCAAAGAGAUUCUUUGCCCUCGUCCGCUAGGCAUUCUUUGGCAUCUUCCCGUCGAGGCACACCAAGGGAUAGCCCGAAGAGUCCACCUAACAGUCCAAACACGGAACUAUCAACCGAGGAUGAACUCAAGGGAGUUUAUAUAAAUUAUUGCUGCAACAAGGAAUACGAAUCACUUUCCAAUAAUAACACCUCGUUUCAUAAAUUCGAUACAAUGUUAAGAGAAAAUUAUAUCGUCCCAUUCAUCAUAUCGGAUCGUUGCUCUAUUUUUCUCGUGACGCAUGCCCAAUCGAAGCACCUCAAAGGAGAGGAGAGAGAGACCCAUGCAACUGGUUUUAUCGAACGAGACAAAAGCUCGAGGGGGCCACACUUUCCAUGCAAGGUCUACGGAUCACUGACUCCACUCUGACGGCACGCCUCUUCUAGUAUUCACUGUAGGUCAUGGAACACGCGAGGAGGCAUUUCUACGCGUAUUAGUUCCCGCAUGCUUCUGGUGGGCGUGGAAUGUCCAGUUUUUAAACCGAUAAAUAUAACGUGGCAGAAAUUGGGAAUUCACGUCGAUUGUUGUUCAACACAUCCGUUAUCUAUGGAACGAUUUGGUGGCUUGGUGGCUCAUUCAAGCUUUGUGUAUUUAACCGAUAUGAAAAUCAAUACUCCUAUAUUUAAAUCAGGCUGAUAAUUGUAUCAGGAUCUUUAUUUAUCCAUGGUUUAUCUGUCCACGGUUUUUAUUUAUCCCUCCUAAUGGAAUGUUGUUUUUUUUUUUUUUUAUUUCAACUCCAUCCUCGUUAGUUGGAAAUUAUCAUUAAUUUGUUAACUCGUUGAGUAAAAGUUAUCGGUAGAAAAGCAAUAUCGCAAAACGAUAUCGAGGAUGAAAAUAAAUAACGACAAAGACAAUUAUACAGAGGUGGAAUGAGUAAUGAUAACGUGGCGCGAAGAGGCGAGCAUUUUCCAUGAGUCAGUUGCUCAGAGCCGUAAUGUUUUCACUACGUGUUUUCAACAAGCUUCUUUGUGUCCCCCGCCAAUCUUUGUCAAAGCAAGGUCUUUGGAAAGCUAAGCGUCGCUGAGUCUUCUUUGAGAUUCUUUCGUUUCUCGUUUCAACCGCUUAGAUAAUGCAUUAAAAAUAGAAUAUCUUAAGGAGUUUCUGUUUCCCUGUCGUUUCCACUCCGUCCACUUUAUCUCCGAUGCGACGAUACUCUUUUCUUUUUUCACAUUGCAACGAUGUCGAUUCAUUCCACGUUCCUCGCGCCUCCUCGCCCUUUUAUUUUUAACCGAACCCAUUAAAUAAACGCGAGGGAGGGAUUGAAUCGAUGAACGACCUUGAAUAUUCGAACGAAAUUCGAAGAAGAAAGAAAAAGGAGAGAGGGGGAAGGAGGAAUAGAAAAAAAAAUCAUAAAAAAAAUAAAGGUUAGUUCCGCGUCAACGAAUCAGACGCUUGAUACGCUAGCUACGCAUUACAUAUUCGUAAUCAUAGACGCGCAUUUGCGCUAUGUUACGCCUCGUAAUCCACUUACCGAUCAAGGAUACCUGGAUUCGCAGCUAUAGUUUCGCAACUACAUAUGUACAUACUUUAUGUACAUUUUCUACAUAGGAGGAACCUUGAUAAACUUUAGUCGAGUGUCGUUCGAUCGAUCCCGAUUGUCCCGGGAAUGUGGAGAAAGAUUCGAGAAAUGAGCCAAACCGAGAAAGUAAUUCGAAUCGAAUCGAUGGAUAAACAACAAGGGAAGGGAUAAACAAGUUUCGUUUGCAUUUACCAAAGGAAGAAACUUAUACACACGUUGGAGUGUGUAUAAAUUUCAUACUGUGGUAGUUCGUUCACCUGAGUUAGUGUUUAUCGGUGUUACGGCGCAUAUAUACACCUCCGUUACGGAGGACAGAUCACGCGAUCGUGAACGAGCGAAUCGCUGCUCUCUACGUUUACGCUUAGGUCUUUUUCAUACAAUAAGAUUUGCUUCAUUAAGUUUAAAUCAUGCGUACCGUAUAUAGAAACUCGAUAAAAUGUUUCGGACAAUCACGAUAUUUAUAUUCUGCAUGUUUAUACAGUUGACGAAUCACGAAUGCUUUUUAAUGAUAUCUUUUAGAAAUGAUUUUGAAAAUGAUGACAAUCUUGAAAAACUCGAGAUGAUAUUUUUCAAUUAUAGAAUUUUCAAUAGCCAUCGAUAUUAUCUUAGAUUCUUAUAAAAUUUUUGGGAUAACAUAUACAAGGUUGAAUACAUCGAAGAUACGAACUGUCGAUAUUGCCAUCGAUGUUUAAGCUUUCUACAUCUUCAUCGUGUCUCAUACAAAUCUACGAUACAAGUUAUCGAAAGAGUUCUUACACUUUUCUCAUCUCGAGCAAAAACCGGUCCUCUGCUCGAUUCGCAUUCGAGAAACGGGUACGAUUCGAGUUGAUGGAGAAGAAGAAAAGGAGAAAGAAGGGUAAAUAUAUAUAUAUACUUUGAUACAUUGCGCUUGUGCAGAAUUAAAUCGGUCGGCCGUUAUACUCAUUCCAAAAGCAUUCAUGCAGUUACGUGGAAUGUGAUCCAGGUAUAAGAUGAUUAUGCGUUAUUAGGCAACAUGUUAACGAUGAUUAAUUAUUGUAUGUGGAAUUAUAUGCAUAUAUUUAUGUAGUAAUAUGUAUGAAGAAUACGAAAAAAAUAGUUGACAAAUUAUACAUUUCAAUUUUUACAGGAGAAUUUAAAUUGGAUAUAUCAUUUUGGAAUUUGUCAAGUUUUUCAAGUUUUUUGUCGAUGAAAGAUAGAAAAGCAAUAAGAAUAAAUUCCAAAAAUAUAAUUCCAAAUCUGUGUCAAGGUCCCAAGAUCCGAUAUUACAAUUUAAAAAUUUCACAAUUCAAAAUUUGAAUUGAAUUUCGAAGAUUUGAACUUUUGCGCGAUUAACGAAGAGAUAGAAAGUCUGUUUAUUUGCGUCGCAAAUUCUCGAGAAAUUUAAUAUAGAAACGUGGCGUGAAAUAGAGAGAUUAAAAUUUCUUUCCUGUUUGUUACAUGAGCAACUGUGCAUGUGUAUUUUACUUUCAACCCAUUUCAAAGAGGAAAUUACAUUUCCGAGUAUAAUUCCGCGAGUCGCCUUCUAAAUCGUGCAAAAAAUUUAUCUGCAAUUACUUUAUAAAAAGGAUUACUUUGUAAGGAUGGAUUCUCCGAUUAUUUAAUAAUUAAUAGUAAGUACAUUUCGCGUGUUCAAUAGGCGAGUGUUAGUUUCAGCAUACCAAUUCGGGUGCUCAACUAUGCGCACGCGUUCUAUGCCGGUAGUUUAUUUAUAUUUCUAUUCUCAUUUAUUCUGCACGAAAAGCAUCGCUGCCUAAAAUCCAUCUCUUCUCGCGUGUAUUCCAUUUCGCAAAAUAGCGAAAUAGCUACCACGUUUGGAUUACCAAAUGAUUUUAUCGAGAUUGUGCAAUCAUUCAUAGACUUUUACAGUUUUCGCCGAGUAAUUAAUUCUUAAUUAAACAGAGAAUUAAAUUUCGAUUCGAUCUCUGCGAGAUUACUCGAGAUUGUUUUCAAAAAGAUUGCCAUUAAACGUCGAGUCGAUAUAAAUCAUGCGUUAAUCGUUCCAAUCGUUAUUUUCCAUUUUAUUCUCUCGAAUAAUCAAAAUAUAUCGAAUAAAAGAGCGUUCAUCGCUUAUCUCUUUAUUAUGAUACAUCAAUUCAGCGAACUCGAAUCUUGAGAUGGAAUAGAUAGAUUAGAAAAUAAAUGAUCGAUUUCGAGGUUAGAAAUGAAGCGAUUAUAUAGAAAUGAAUUAUUGCGUUUAUUUCCUUCAGAGUUUUCUGAAUCAUUGAUUCAUUCUUCUCUGGUAACAAGCGGCUAUAAAAUAAGAAAAAAAAAAAAAAAAAAA